AUGUUCUCAAGAACGGACGUGCAGAAAACAUCGGCAGGGACGGGGCAGCACGUCAACGAGAUCCGGCGCGGCGCCGGCGCUCUCAAGCACGACCGGGCGGUGCAAAUCAUCGCCUUGCCAGCGGUCUUCGGCUGCACGGCGAUGAACGCCCUGACAAAGAUGUUCCAGGGCGCCGCGGGCGUUGACAUGGAGGACCUGCUCGCCGGCGAUUCGCUUCUCCAGCUCGCCAGCGUGAAGCCUCACGGCAAUGCCACGGCGACGGACGCCGCGCAAGUCUACACCGCGCAGGUGGAGACCUGCUACCAGGUGGGUGACCUUUACGAAGCCUGGGCGCUGUACCAGUUCUGCAAGAUGACGCUGGAGAUUCUGCGGAGCUCUUUGGAGCACAUCGCGAAUGAGCGGCAAAAGUCCGACGAGCGCCACGUCGUAGCUUCUGGGCUGCUAGUGGCUCACAAGUCCUUGGCCGACAUCGCCUAUACGGGGGUGAUCAUGUUCCUGGUCGUCUGCUGCGCGCAGGCUGGCUGGUCGCUGUACCUCCUGACCUUCACCAAUCCGGAGGAGAACUGGGCCGACUACAACAGCCAGAUGGGACGCUUUCAGGCAGCCGGUCUGGUGACCUCCAUGGCGGCCAUCUACAACCUGAACACGGUGGAGCCCUGA